AUGAAAACAUUAAAAUGCAGAUGCCCCAUCCGUAUUGACGAUCACAGAAUUAUUCUCAGAAACAACUGUUGUUUAUAAAAUUUCCUGAUCUAAAUCAAAAGUACUCAAUUUUUGAAUUGUUUGUAAUAAGUAUAAAAAAUAAAUAGAAGAUUUCAAAAAUCUUAAAAAAGAUAUACUACGGUUCUUGUAUAAUUAGGGAGAAAUUCGAAUGAAAUGAGUAAUUCCCGAGAUUGAUAUUAAAUUUUAUUUUGCUUUUCGUUAUCUUUAGCUUAAUUGAAUAUAUUAUUAUUUAUAGACUUUUAGACACUCUGAAGGUUGAAGACCAAGAGAGAUAGAUUCAUAGUAAAUUUUAUAACAUUCGUAUGCCUUGAUUGUUAUUAAAUUUCUAAAAAAAAAUACUCUGGAUCUGAUUAGCGAAGGCUUGAAACAGAAUGUUAAAGAUUAAAGAAUAUUGUUGAUUUUUUUAAAUUAGGUUGGAACUCUAAGAUAUGGAAUUUACAAGGAAUAAACUACUUUUCUGUUCAUUAGUAUUAUUUUGGAAUUGAUCCAAGUGACAGAUAUGUUGGUUUUGGUGGAUUAUAAUAGAGUAAUAUAUUUGAAAAUUUAUACUGUGGUUAGAAAUAUUAUUCUCUUAUAUUUUAUUAUAAGAUAGAAAAGAUAUGAUAACUUAUAAUGA